AUGAGCUAUAAUUCUGUAGUUCUGGAUGAACUAUUACAACAAACCGCUUGUUACGGAUUACCAUAUGGAAUUUUUGGGAUAUCCUGUUGGGCCUUUACGAUUUUUAGUGUUGCUUUAACAUACUUGGAUUUUCCUCUGUUUUCACCAUGGCGAUGGUGUAAGCCUUAUAAAUCACAAGAUCCAUUGUUAGCAGUCAUAAUAAGUGCUAUGGUGUUAGGACCAGCCAUCUAUACGUGUGUUUAUUGUCACGGAGAAUGGCAAGUAAUACUUUUGGCGGUCGGGCAGCUAACUCCAUGGAGUUUUAAGAUGUUGAAUGACGGUGUUAGAGCUCGUAAAGUGAUUGCUGGUGACAAUAAAGUACAAGACCCCCACAAUAUAAAUGGACGGUACAUUAUUAUUGGUAAAAUUUUAACGAUUCUACUAGCUGCUGGCGGUUGGGCUGGUAUAAUUGGAUUGAGCAUUAUGUUGGUAAACACGACAAAAGCUGUUACUGAUUGGAUAUGGAUAUUAUUCGCAGUGGGACUAACAGCAUUUGUAACAAUGUGUGUAGCAAUAUGCAUCAAAAGAAAUGUAUUCAUCAUUAUUAUGGCGGCGUACAUUUCGGCAAAUCUCCAUAUUAUAGGUUCGCAUAUAAUUUUGGCCAUGGUUUCUGGUAACUGGAGUGGAAUUGCUCCUGCAGGAGCUGGGCUAAUAUCAUCAAUUAUUUUCUUUGCCGGAAAACGCCUGCUAUUCUUUGAUUUUGAGUGUAAUUUCUAG